UCGCCAGGGUGAAAUCAUCACAGAGCAAACGUACCGACUCAACAUGGCACGGCGGGAACACAAGCGGCACGUGCGUGAACUUCUAGCGCAGGCCAUCGUACACAAGACUCUGGACAUGGAGAGGGCGCGGCAGGUGGAGAUCAAGAAGAAACUGGAGGAGAUUUCUAAGAUCGAGCGGGUCCAGAGAAUCAGGACGGAGCGCGGACGUCAUGGUGACGAAGACAUCAUCCCGUACCUGUCCCCGCGUGGGUCACGCCCCCACUCCGCGGAGGACUACCCCAACCCCCGCGCCUACACCAACGGCACACGGCCCAAGACUGCUCCACAGUUCCCCAAGGGGCAUCGCAGGAGAAGGCAGGACGGACCGCCGGUGUAUUUUGACGAGGAAGGGAUGCCACUGCUACCACCGCAGGCACGGAGAGCGGAGGAACCGCGGGAAAGCGUGGACUCACACUAUCUGUACCAGGUGGAUCCAGCUGCACUGCGAACCUUCACCAACAACAUGGGGAACAUGGACCUUGGAGGGGGGGUCUCCCCCUACACCCUUCCAGUGGUGGACCCCACCAUGCUAGAGACGGGGUCUCCCCACCCCACCCCCCGAAAACCUGCCAGCAGCAGGCGGCGGACACGCAGUGGUGGGAACGGGUCGUCAGGGGGCAGCACGUACCGGGGUAGGCGGUUAAAGCCACCCUCGAACAAGGGUUCGUUGACACUGCAUCGUAUGGAGCCACCCAAGGCCCACCGUACACAGCUCCAGUCCAUGUGCGAGGUGACGAUGCGCUACGUCGGGAAGAACAUCCACCUCGACGUGGAGCGGUUUGACUAUCGUGAUGAGAUCAUGGUGGAGCAGCAGCACUGUGGCGGGAACACGCUUGUCGUGUUUCGCGAACUCCUGCAUGAGGGAACGUCUUUCUCCUUUAUCUCUCGGCGCCACCGCGGUUUCCCGUUCAGCCUUACGUUCUACCUGAACGGUCUUCAGGACAUCCGUCUGAGCGCCUGCUGCGAGUACAAGCACAAGAAGGGGCGCAAACUGGGCAGCAAACUCGGGCACUUCGAACUGGUCAACAUCGAGGGGGCCGCACCAUGCUACAGAUGCCAGGCAGCUGAGGGAGUACCCCGGCAACCUCGUCCUCCUAAAGGGAAGAAGAAGAGCAAGGAGGAGACAUCAGUCCCUGACAAACAGGGUUCAAAUAGCGACAGGAAGCUGACAUUUGCUUCAGACCUUCAGAGCACAGCUUCUCACACAAGCACAAAGGAAACAGAGCCAAACAUAAAUCAAACAAAUGCCAUAGACAGCCAAAAAUCAUCUUCAAAUGAAGAAAGUGUCAAACCAGCUGACUCUCAUAGUCCGGAAUCGAUGGAAGAAGACCGAAGUGUGACCCCAAGGGAAACGGAAGAGAAGCAAAGCUCUCUGGGAUCAGAAAGGCAAAGCAUUGUGGGAGGAGACAAGCAGAGCAUGUUGGGAAAAGAGAGCUCCGGCCAUUCAAUCACAGAAGACCUUGCAACCCAGACCAAACGUCCGUCCUCUGCUACCCAGUCAGCGGUGGAGGUAGAAGUGCAUCAUGGGAAGGAAGCACAAAGCAUGAUGGGAGACGAUGCAGAAAGCAUUGUCGAAGUGGAAGAAGUCCGUAACCUGGAGGAAGACGCGAGCAAAAGUUCCAACGAAGCUUCCGUCAUUGACGAAAUCAUAGAAGAAGGCAGUGAGGUCAUUGAGCAUGGUUCCCAUAGUGAUGACCCCGCCCCAACAGGCAAUGGUGAUGAGAGAAUGGACGUUGAAGAUGAGAUCAAAGAAACAGAAACCAGUGAAGACAAAACUGAAGAGGCCGACAACUAUGAGGAAGACUUUGAGGAAGAAGGUGAGACGGAGGGCGAUAAGGAAAGUGAAGGAGGUAGUUCUAAGAAAGAAGAUGACGCCAAGGAUGAACAAUACACUCCACCGGACUCAGAGGAAGAAGAAAUUGCCGAGUUAGAAGAGGAAAUAACCACAAAGGAAACUGCUGAGGCUGAUGAAGUGAUGGAUGAAGAAUUGAAGGAAACUGCAGAGUCUGAUGAAGUCAUGGAUGAAGAAGAGAAGGAAGAAGAAGUAGAGGAGGAACUGAAGGAGGGAAAUAAAGAGGAGGAUGAGGUGGCAGAGGUCGAGGUUGAGGAGGAGGUUCCCAUGGAAACGGACCAAGGGAGUAAGAUCGAGAGAAGGUCAUCAUCAUCGUCAUCAAGCGGCUCAUCGUCAUCAUCAUCAUCCGACUCUGAAAUUGAGGAUGAAGUUGACAAGCCCUCAGAGAAAACAGAAUCCGUACAAGAAGAGGUCGCGGAAGAGAUACCUCCCGAGGAAGUCUUGAAGGCAAGUGCCUCAGAGGCAGAAAGCGUCCCUGAAAGUGUCGAGAAGGCAGAAAGCGUAAAGACGGAAAGCGUGAAGUCUGAAAAAGCAGAAAGCGUCCGGUCGGAAAAAUCCGACAGCCAGGAAGGGAAGGAAGAAAGCGUUCACACAGAGAAAGCAGACAGCAAGGAAGACAAAGCUGAAAGUGAAAAAGAAGAGAGUGUGAAGUCCGAAGAUGGUGACAAUGCAGCUUCAGAGAAAUCUGCAGAAAACAAAGAUGACAACACGUCAGAAAAGGCUGAAUCUGUGGCCGAGAAUACAGAGCCAGAGACCCCAAAAGCAGACUCUGAAGAGGACAAAGCUGAAUCUGUGGCUGACAAAUCGGAGGCUGGAGAAUCUGAGAACUUCAAGGCAGAAUCAGAAACAAGCGACAAAAAGGAUGGUGCAGGGAUGUACGAUGGAGCAGAGUCUCAGUCAAGCACAGAAAAAGCUGAGACUGAAAAGGAAGACGAGACUGUUGGGUCCACUAAAGAGAGUAUAACGGAGGCCAUUGCCGAGGCAACCAAGGAGACUCCCCACCAAUCAGAGGUUGAGCUGAGUGAUGAUGAUGAGUCAGACAGUGACGGUGAGGACUCUGGGAAGGAGAGUGAAAAGGAGGAGGAAGAUAGUCCUGGGAAGGAGAAUGAGACUGAAAUUGAUCAAGGAGACAGCAAAGAGGCUGAUGUUGCAGCUGAAGAAGAGAAGGAGGAGGUGCAGAGCCAGCCGGAGUCAGCGCGGAGUGUAGAGCUGACUGAUCCUCUUUCUCCAUUGGUCGAGAACAAGACAGAAGCCGACCUAUCAGGAUACAAGCUGGACCAACAGCAGGUUGAAGAGCUAGUUUCCCUGGUGGGUAACAGUGACAUGCUGUCUUCCCUGGUCAUGCGGAAUGGUUCAGUCGACGAUGCCAACGCUCAGAAACUCUGUAAUGCCGUCAAGAAGUCUCCAGCCUCUAUUAAGAUGUUGAACUUCAAUCUGAACAAGGUCGGCCCUGAGGGAGCAGCUUCUGUUGUGGACACCCUGAGGACCAAACCUUCCAUAGAGGUUCUACUUCUACAUGGCAACCCACUUGAUGGACUCAUAUCCAUCUAUGACUCAUCCAAGCCUGACCAAUCAGAACCAGCUACAUCCCCACAACCUGACCAACCAGAGCCUGCCACAUCAUCACAGUCAGACCAACCAGAGUCAGCUACUUCAGAACAAUCUGACCAACCAGAGCCUGCCCCAUCAGAGCAGCCUGACCAACCAGAAACUGCCACGUCAGAAAAGUCUGACCAACCAGAAGAUGACACAGCAGAACAGAAAGAUCAGCAAGAAAAAGAGGAUGAAGGUGAAGAAAAGGAGGGAAAGAAGGAACAGGAAAAGGAUGAGAAUCCAAGUGAUGCUGAAGAGGACAAAGACAACAAAGCAACUGUAGAAGAGGUGAAAGGUGAAGGGUCAGAGGGCAAAGCACCAUACAUACUGCAGCAGCUUGACAUUGGUGACUGUGGCUUUGGUGACGGCGGAGCAGAAAGUUUAUCUCGUCUUCUUGAGCACGAUUGCGGUCCGCACGUACUGAUGCUGACGGGUAACAAGGGCAUCUCUGCAGACGGGUGGAAGAAGAUCGCUGACGCGCUGAAAACCAACACGACGGUAAAGGAAAUCCAUUUCGACUACUGUGAGAUCACUAACAUCGAAGUGGCCAUGUUGGUGGACGGUCUGUCAGAAAAUAAGACAUUGCAGACAGUUGACUUGGAAGGGAACAACAUCGCGUUCGGAGGCGGGCGCAAGCUGCUACAGAUGCUGGAAAAGAACAGCACGAUUCUCGACAUGAAGCUUCACGAGGGAAACAGUGGCAUGGGAGAUGGGGUUAAGAAGGAAAUCCAAGACAUCUUAGAAAAGAGGGCAUCUUAG